AGCCGUAUAAAGGCAGAGCGAGGCGGCGACCACCUGGUGCAGACGCCACAGAGGUGAGUCCUUCACACUAUCAACCACCAGCUGCUGAGCCCGAUCAUCGACACAAACAUUUGAUCUCCUGCAGGAUGAUGGCCGAGCAGAGCAGCGUGAGAGUGAAGCUCCCUCUGACCUUGAUUUUCUUUCUCUCCUCCAUGUGGCCCUUGGCUCCUGCAGUGGCCUUCCAGCUGCCGAAGUGUCAGCUCAUCAAGCAGAUGGUGUCCCUGGAGAAGGAGGGCUGUCCCAAGUGUCACACCGUGGAAACCACCAUCUGCAGCGGACACUGCAACACCAAGGAUCCCGUCAUCAAGAUGCCCUUCCUCAACGUGUACCAGCACGUGUGCACGUACCAGGAGCUGUACUACAAGACGUUUGAACUUCCGGACUGUCCUCCUGGCGUGGACCCGACCGUCUCCUACCCCGUGGCCGUCAGCUGCUACUGCGGCCGCUGUGCGCUCAACACGUCCGACUGCACCUUCGAGAGCCUGCAGCCGGACCUCUGCAUGAACGACAUCCCCUUCUACGACUGAAAGUUAAAGACACUCUGUCCAAAUGCUAAACAAAAAGAAAAUAAAGAUUUUUAAAUUUA